UAUGGUGAUAUGUCGUGUAAACGAAAAGUUGCUGUUGUUCAUAUUAACUAGUUCAGUGAACUGUCAUAUCAGUGAUAUCGGUUUAGCAACGAAAAUAAAGAAAUUUUCACGUCAUCCACGCUGUUUGACAUAAAGAUUCCAACAUUGGAAGUAACGUGCUCGCCGUCCACCGACAAUUUGCUUUGUGCUGCAAAUUACGUCGACUGCAUAUAGCGAUCUCUCUCACAAGCUGUAAGGACAGGCAUUCAAGAUCCCGGCUCUCAUUCGCAACAACAUCCAGGUCCCAUAAGGGGCCGACGCAUCCUCAUCCAAAGUUAGCUCGGAGGCAACCUGUUCAGCUCGGUCAGUUUUAUAACACGAAUCUUGCUGCGUGGACCCAUCAAUUGACAACAAGCGAGUCCGAAUACGAGUCCGAGUCUCCUGAGGAUUCGACGACAAUAGCUAUUUCUGAAGUGGACAAUAAUUCGGCGGAGAUGACACUACCAAGUGCCGCUCGCGUUUACACAGACGUGAACGCUCACAAGCCAGAUGAAUAUUGGGACUAUGAGAACUAUGUAGUGGACUGGGGUAAUCAGGAUGAUUAUCAAUUGGUACGCAAGUUGGGGCGUGGCAAGUACUCGGAGGUGUUUGAGGCUAUCAACAUAACGACGACCGAAAAGUGUGUUGUCAAAAUAUUGAAGCCCGUUAAAAAAAAGAAGAUCAAGCGCGAAAUCAAGAUCUUGGAGAACUUGAGGGGUGGCACCAACAUUAUAACGCUUUUAGCUGUCGUCAAAGAUCCAGUGUCCCGUACCCCAGCAUUGAUCUUUGAACACGUGAAUAAUACAGAUUUUAAACAACUGUACCAAACACUAACAGACUACGAGAUUCGCUACUAUUUGUUUGAGUUACUCAAGGCCCUCGACUACUGCCACAGCAUGGGCAUAAUGCAUCGCGAUGUGAAGCCACAUAACGUGAUGAUCGAUCAUGAGAACAGGAAGUUGCGACUAAUUGAUUGGGGCCUAGCUGAAUUCUAUCAUCCGGGUCAGGAGUAUAACGUACGUGUGGCUUCCCGAUAUUUUAAGGGACCCGAACUUCUUGUCGAUUAUCAAAUGUACGACUAUUCACUGGACAUGUGGUCGCUCGGCUGCAUGCUUGCGUCUAUGAUUUUCCGCAAGGAGCCAUUUUUCCAUGGCCACGACAACUAUGAUCAACUAGUGCGAAUUGCCAAGGUGCUGGGCACCGAAGAACUGUACGCCUAUCUUGAUAAGUACAACAUUGAUCUUGAUCCGCGAUUUCAUGAUAUUUUACAACGCCAUUCUCGCAAACGUUGGGAGCGAUUCGUUCAUUCUGACAACCAACAUUUGGUGUCACCGGAAGCAUUGGACUUUCUGGAUAAACUAUUACGUUACGAUCACGUUGACCGUCUUACUGCUCGCGAAGCUAUGGCGCAUCCAUACUUUCUGCCAAUUGUCAAUGGACAGGUUAAUCCAAACAGCCAGCAAUAGACAAGGAUUCGCAUUGUAAAGUAAACAAAUUUAUGUCAAAGUGAAAAUUAAAAGAAAAAGAAAGCGGAAUACAACAGCAGCACGAUUAAGUUAAAAGAAGAAGAAGAACUGUUGUGCUAAAGAUACAAAUAAGAUCACAUUCAGCAAAAUGCGUGGACUUGUAGUUCGAACCCAUAAUUAAAUGGACAUACACUGAUUUCCCCCAACAACCACCACCACCACCACAAUAUUAAAACCAUAGUAAUGAUACAAUGAAAAUGAUUAUUUCGAAAACAUACACCGACAGUGAUUAUAAAACAACUAAUUUUGAAUUCACAGGCGUAUUUUUUUCAUUUUCAAAUUAUUAUAAAUACAAACUCAUGUAUGCACAUGCUUAAAACAGAAUUUCAAGCUACAUUACAAUUAACGUAUAUUUAUAUCAAUAAUUAUAAAUAUAAUCCAAUAAAUCUCCAUUUCUUAAAAA